AUGAUGUCAUCAGCCCCGCCUUACGGACUAGAAACGCUAGCUGAGACCAUAUCACGUGUGUCUGCCCGUGGGCUAAGGGCACGUGACUUCGGGGAGCCAAUGAGCGUGGGUCAGGAGGAAGUUGGACCCACAAUGGUUGGAGAUGAACAUUCUGAUCAACAUCUGAUGGACUACCUGGGUGCCAUUAAGAGGAACGUGCUGGGGAACCAUUUCUGGGAGUACUACGUGAAUGAUGCACCCCGUAUCGUGUUGGACAAGCUGGAGAAAUAUGGCUACCGAGUGGUCAGCAUGACAGGGGUGGGCCAGACCCUGGUUUGGUGUCUCCACAAGGAGUAGCAUGGAAGAUUGUAGUGUUCCACCUAGACAAGACAUUGCUGUGGAUCAUCUAGCACAGGACUGGCAUUGAGCUUCCCCAUUAAUUAAUCCAUUUUUGUCCCAGUUUCCAGGCACAUACAGGGGAAGUGCUGUAUAGUCAAAACUUCACAUAAUGGAAAACUACCAUCAAUGCCAUUAGAUGAACUCUAAGGGGAGGCAGAGGUGCCCACUCAAUUCUAAGGGUAAAUCAUGCAUGAAUCCUUUGGAGAUUGGAUGGCUCCUCUUAAGUAUUUGUCUGAAUGGCAGUCUGGGAAAUGCCAGCACUUUAAGUGUUAAUCUUGCCCAUUCAGUAAGUAUUUGAGUGAAGUCAAGCAUUAGCCUGGUUUUGCCCCUGGAGAAGUUAAGCACUGAUCUUUUUGAGGCCACCAUUUAAAUGCAGCCCCUGCUCAGUCCUCAGAGUAGGUCAAACAUAGACUACUUGUUGCAAUCUCCCUGGAACGGUAAAAAUAGGCUGCCAGACACUGACCCGGUCCUUGCUAUUUGAACAAGCCCCCCUUAGCAUUGAGAAGUUUGAACAUUGACUCUCAAGUGGGAUUAUGGUUGGCGUGAGCAGACACUGUCCUGGUCAGACCUGAGACUGCCAUUUCAGUGUAAAACAUGGUCUUUGUAAUUCUCUAAAGAUAUUUCAUCACUGGAGAAAGGUCCUGUGAAUAUUUCAGGUAUUGGCUGCGUAAUCUCACCAACAGCAUAUAAUUCCUGGAUUGAUUUGUACUGAUCAGUUCCUACUGUAGCUGAUAAUAAAGAAUUAAUAU